AUGGCUAUACCAAAGAAGUCAGUAGCUGUGACUGAAAAGCCUAAGAAGACCCCGGAAGCCACAGAGAAAUCUCCCGAGUCUGAUGAAAAGCAUUCCAAUAUAUCAAAGGUCCAAUUCAGAAUAUUAGCAGGUUCUUAUGAACAUAAUCUUUUAUGUCUUUCAGUAUUGGUGGAUCCUAAGAACACUAAGCAACCAAUAUUCCAACCGAUUUUCCAUUUCCAAGCACAUGCUUUAAGCAUCAAGUCCAUCGAUGUUGCUAAAAGAUAUCUUGUGACAGGAUCUAAUGAUGAACAUAUUAGAAUUUAUGAUUUGCAAAAGAGAAAGGAGUUGGGAACGUUAUUGAGUCAUCAAGGUACUGUCACCACAUUAAAAUUCUCCAAAACCGCUAAGGAAGCCUCUAAUGAAACGGAAGAUGAAUCGUCAACCAAAUCAGGUAAGUGGUUAUUAUCUGGCUCUGAAGACGGGAAAAUUAUCAUAUGGAGAACCAAGGAUUGGGAAGUAUUUGGAACAUUGAAGGGUCAUACUGGUAGAAUUAAUGAUUUGGACAUUCAUCCUAGUGGAAGAGUUGCUAUUUCUGUAUCUCAAGAUCAAACAAUUAGGUUGUGGAACUUAAUGACAGUAAAGAAAGCAGCUGUAUUGAAAAUUAAAGGUAGAGACCAUUUGGGACAGAAUGGAGAAUUUGUCAGAUGGUCCAUUAAUGGAACACAUUUCUUAGUUGGUUUAUUAGACAAAUUGCUUGUUUAUAAGACCCAAGAUGCUAAAAUCUGUAAAAAGAUUAAGUUCAAAUCAACUUUGAUGUGCAUUGAAAUCAUAGAAAUUGAUGGGACAGAAUGGAUUGUUACAGGACACUCAAAUGGUUCAAUUGACUUUUAUGAUUUCAAAAAUCAAAUUAUACCGGAUGAUUCUAAUAAUGACGAAGUUGAAGAUGCUGAUGCUGAUUUUGUCACACCCACUUUUAGUUUACAAGGCCAUGCUAAUCGUAUUAAAGAUUUAUCUUUCUAUAAGGAUAAUGCUGAGACCGGAGGAAUUCCAUAUUUGGUUUCAGUUUCUUCAGAUGGUAAAAUAGUAGUUUGGGACCUAACUAAAUCUGUUCGUGAUCAAGUUGCCGUAUACGAUAGUGGUGAACGUUUGAACUGUGUUGUUGUAUCACCAGAAUCAGUUGAAAAAUCCUCUACGAUGAAGAGACGUUACAAUGAAAUUGAUACAGAAGGUGCCUUCAGUGAAUCUGAAUAUGAAACCGAUGGUGAAGAAAUCAAAAAAGUAUUGAAAGCAGCCACCAAGAAGGGAAGAAAGGGUAAAAAGUCAAAAAGAGUGAGUGUUCAAUUAGAAUAA